AUGGAUGAAAAAAAUAAACUUGAAUUUAAAGAAUAUACUCGCUGUGCUGCAGAUAAGUCUUCUGUUUGGCAACAUUUUUUGCGGACAUCAGAUGGCCUUCAUGCUCAAUGCAAGAUGUGUAAAAAAGUAUUUAAAACCUCUGGAACAACUUCAAGCCUGCAUAAUCAUCUUAGACUUGUUCAUUCUAUCCAGUUAGCUAAAAAAACAUCUAACUAUUCACUUCCGUCAACAUCUCAAAAAGAUAUGUCAUUAGAUUCCGAUGUCAUAAUGACGCCAGCAACAAAAAAGGCUAAAACAAUAAAUGACUUUUUUCAUGUGAAGGAAGAAGAUGACUUAGAUACUAUACUUGCGAAAAUGACAGCAGUAGAUGGUGUACCGUUUAAAAUAUUCUGUUCUUCGGAAUCAAUGAGAAAGCUAUUUGGAAAAGCUGCUUACAAAAAUUUGCCUAAAUCACCAAAUACAAUAAAGAAAAAGGUUCUGAAUAAAAGUGAGCUACUGAAAAAAGAAGUAAAAAAGGAGCUUGAUGAUAUUAAGGCAGCAGGAAAACAAUUGGCUGUAAGCCUAGAUGAAUGGACAAGUGCACGUAAUCGCAGAUAUGUGAACGUAAAUGUUCAUUCACCAGAGCUUUCUGAAGGUUUUAGAAACUUGGGACUGACGAAAAUAAGGGGCCGUGGAACAGCAGAGAACUGUUAUAAUAUAUUGAACGAAAAAUUGUGCGCUGUCCUGGACGUGCUAUACAAAGCUGAUAACACAGAAGGUAACACCGGCAUCACUGUUAACAGACCUUGCGAUAGCUCUGACUCUGAGGACGAAAGUGAUAUAGAGAACGAAGAUGAAAAUCGUUUUGUCAUCGAAGCUGACCCCAGUGGGGUCAUUCCCAAGCUGGUUUAUAAAGAAUUGAUAACUAAAGUCCGGAAAAUAGUAAAAUUUCUCAAAGGUUCGCCUACUCGCAUGGAUAUACUCAAUUCUUACCUGGAGUCCAAAUCUAAAGACACGACACUGAUCCUCGAUUGCAAGACUCGUUGGAGCAGCCUUGCUGAUAUGAUAGCAAGAUUUCUAGAAUUCAAAGACGCAAUUCAAAAGACAUUAAUUGAUCUCAAAGAGAAGACUACCUUUUCGGAUACUGAAAUAUUAAUUUUGAAAGAUAUGUCUAGUUCUCUCAAUUUCAUAAAGGCCACAGUUGAAGAACUUUGCGAGCGAAAAUCAAACUUACUAACCGCAGAAAUUGCACUUCAAUUCAUGAUGGAGAAAUUGGCGAUGAAUCCAGACGUUAUUAGUGGCCAGCUUAAAGAAGCUUUAAAUAGAAGAAUCUUGCAGAGGAGAAACGCUACAUUGGUAAGUACGUUACAGUACUUACAUAAUCCUACAAAAUAUUAUGACGAAAGGAAUACUCCUCAUGCAUUUUCAAAGGCAUCCCAUGCGGAAAUAAUAGCCUUAAUUGUAAAAAUCAAUGAGACUUAUUUUUGCAAAGAUAAAGCUGCUACAACUGUCUUUGAAGCUGAAGAUGGCCUGCCUUUAAGAGAAAUACAAAGACAGCAGCGCCUUGAAGAUGAGAGGGAACAGGAUACAGCCAAGACAUUCAAGGAACAGUUAAAGACAAAAGUUAAUGAAACCUUGCACAAUACUGCUGAGGUAUCAACAAAACAUUUGUCCGAAAACGAUGACUUGGAAACGUCUGUCAGGGUGGAAAUGGCGCUAUUAGAUCGAAGUGGCCCUAAAAGCAUUCAUCUACAACAGGUGCUGCAUCUAAUCGGAGACCCGGAUUUCCGCGAGGUUCGUCUCAGAUGGGAGUAUGGGGAGAACGAUGCUGACCAGCGGAUGAAGCUGCUGGCGUUCCAAGUGCAUUACUGCGAGUUGCAGGCUUGGGGACAGUACCGGUGCCGCACUAAAGUAAUAGAUAACUUUGAAGAGGAAAAACCACUGAGGACCAGGCCUGUAGACACGACCACCGUGACUCCUGGUACUGGCCGACGCGGGCGGGCAUAUAGCACCUAUAUUACCGGCCUGCGGAUGGCCACUACGUAUUCCUUCGAAGUGCGGCCAGUAAAGCGCGAUGCGCGCGAUUUGGCAGACCCGCACUCUAUCGGCUCGAAAAUUAUCAUCGUGCCUACCAAGGGAUUUUCAGCUCGAGCAACACAAUGUUUGCCUCACGCAAGCGAGGUAGAAGUUUCCACUGGUCCGUACUUCGGCGGCCGAAUUGCCGUGGAGGCUGCAGACGGCGGCCCAGAGCGUUGUUCCAUACAGGGCAAUCCAAACAGCGCUCAAGACGCAUACAUUUUACGUAUUCAUCACGAGGAGUGCGGUUCAGAAGUAAACGAAACUACAGUUGCAACAUACGUCAUUGUGCAGGAAAAUCUUCCUAUAUUAACUCACAGCACACGUCGAUUUUUGAUUUUGUGUAGCUACAAACCGGAAACACUUACGGUGAGAGCUGGUAUCAAUCUACCCAAAGCGAACCCUGGAGAUGUACUUCAUGAAACGAUACCCUUUGGCUCUGUGGAACCAUACGAUAAUCAAGGCAUGGAUUAUAACGAUUUACAACCAGCCAGACUUGAAGCACGUAAAGAAGAAACACAACAAAGUGUAUUCGGCGAAGUUUCAUUGGUUAUGUUCCUGGUUGUGGCCGCUUUUGGUGGAAUUGCGUUACUGAUAUGGAAAAUGGUGCCACAGACAGAAAAGGACAAUGUAUCAAUUGCAACAAUCUCCUCCAUGCGCAGCAGUAUAUUUGGAGGUCGUAAUAGGGACCGAUUUUCCGAUAAAAGUUCAGUGUACUCGAUUACGUUGUCAGAAAAAGACGAAGGACCAAAAACGAAAUAUAGCGAAGGUGAUAACACGUCUGAAGCGUGA